AUAGUACGUGAUGAGAUCCAGACUUGUAGAUAGUCCAGGCAAAAUACUUUAUUUUUGAAGUGAACCUCACACAAAUUGCAACAGAUUUUUUUGUUCAUCACAUUGCACUUAUGUAAGGUCCCUAGAAUGGUGUAGUAACAGUCUUAAAAAUCCAAGUGGUGGAAAUAUGCCUAAUUUGCAUAAAUCGUUAAUACCUCUCCGGUAAUAUAUUUCAUCCCAUAUUUGGGUAUAUAUAUAUAUUUUUUUUAAAGUUUAUUUUAGUGAUUGUACUUACACAUCCUUACUUCAAUAACACAAAAUUCACAACAAAAAAAGAUUAGUGUUGCGUACAAUAAUUGUGUCAAUGUCAGAAUGUUUUUUUACCAAUAAUUUUGGGAAUUUCCUUGAACUUGUUCAAGUCCCACCGUUAGGCAUCCCAUCACCUUCUUUUCAGCCCCGAGUUUACGGACACCUUGUUUUCCCUGUUUUUUGUUUGCUGGGCUAAAUAUCACAAUGUUAUCAUUGUUCACAUGAUUUUCAAUAAAGUUUUAGUAGGGGAACUGUGCCAGUAAGCAACUUGGUGAAUUUGAAGCUCAUCGGUGUUGAGGUUUGGCAAGACUACUUGAUGAUAUCUGGAGAUGAUGUCUCUAGAAAAAAAUCCUGGAGACGCCCAUACUUGUUAGUUUACAAUUCUCAAGAUACAUUGUAUUUACUUCGGACGACUGGAAUCAUUGAUAUUUUCUUAAAGUCCCUUACUUAUUAAUUAACCUUGCCUUACUGGUUUCUUUUGUAAGAUUUUGAUGAAAUUUGAGUGUUGUUUACUUAAUCUAAUUAUUGUAAAGUAGUUGAUUCGUUGAUGAUGGUUUUCAUACAUGCCUUGUAAUUUCAUAUUGACCAUUUAAUCAACUCGAAAAGUAUAUUUUGGUAUUUGGGUUUGGGGCAUGUUGGAUACAUGUAUUCCUAUAUUAGUUCAGUUCAAUUUCAUUCAAUUCAAUUCGAAAUACGUUAUCCUUAAAAAGGCAAUUACAUGUACAUAUAGUUGGACAGCUCACUAUAAGGACACUAUAAGUAAGUAAAUAUAUGAAAUUGUAAACAAUUACAAACUACAUGUACUCAUAUCUAGAUUAAGUUGCUUAAAAUUCUUUGGUAAUUAUUGUUUCUUUUGUAAUUGACUUUGUUGGGUUGGAAUUUUCUAAAGCAUUGCAUUUGAUGAAAAUUAUUUCAUCUUUUCAGUAUUCCUAAGAUGCAGUUACGCCAUAAAAAGAACACGGAACAGACGUAUCCAUCCUAUAUAUCCUAGGUAUGUCGCAUUUUUCAGGUGUUGCAUAUUAUUUUUUAAAAAUGGACCAAAUUGUUCAUUCGUAGCAAGGCAAAAGCUAGUUUAUUCCACAUGACAUGCAAAAUCUGCCGAUGUUAAUUUUUUUUUAAAAGGUGAAAAUGCAACAUAACAUUAAAAGUUUUCAGCGGCUGGUUUAAAAACGCAACAUUUCAAAAAUACAAUUUCAAAAUAAACGAACUUUUUGUAGCGGCGGCAUGGUCUAAAACCAACUCUUGACAUGGCGCGUGCGAAGCCUCGGAGCCGGCACUUUGAGAGGUCGCCCACCAGUGAUGGUGGGAAGUAUGCAUGUGCUACUUUUUUCAGCAUGAUUUUUCUAUUUAAGCAGCCUGGGGACGUACGUGAGCUUAGACCCGCCCCGCCGAUCUUUACAGAGAGGUGGAGAGAGUGGUUCUGCCAGACAAUCUUUGUCUUACUCUUGGACAGUCUUCCAGACGUUCAAGUGCUGGCUUUAGACAAGUGGUUAUAACUUGCACACUACGUAUAUAUUGCAGUUCAUGCGAGUCUUAUUGUAGGUGGAUGUUGCCACUUGAAAUCAGGAAUACGAUGUAGUUAAAAUCUCAAUGUAAUUCUACAUUAUUUUUUUACAAGUACGCUUAUUCCCCCACCCGAAAAUUUGGUUCUUGAUGUUGGCUCCUCUCUUUGCAUGGACUCCGCACGCUAUGUGUCUCUCUCUAGAUCUAGAGAUCUCCCCUGCACCCGCGCGCGAAGCUCCAUAUCUACUGUUGAUGAACAUAGUUCGUUCUGGCAUGGAGCUAUAAAACACAAGGCAACAUUUUUGGCAACACUUCAAGUGAACUUUGAUCAGUCGACAUCGCAAUAUAAAUCAUCAUUGCCAGAUACUGAUGGUACACUGAUUGCAGUGGGUGUAGACAGUUUAGUACACGUAGGCCUACGUCUAUCAUUCAUUGACUAUUAUACAUGGCCAACUGAGCCCGGCCAGAAAUAAUUCCCAGCCUCAACCACGCCCAUCUGGAUUGAGAAGUUCAUGGUUUAGGUUCGACUGAAAGGUUGAAAAUGGGGAACAAAUUAGAACAUCCGUCGGUGGAGCUUCCCCCGGAGAAGCUGGUGAUGGUCACAGGUGGAAACACUGGGAUUGGAUAUGAAACGGCAAAGUCCAUUGCGAAGAUGGGAGCAAGAGUGUGCAUUACAAGUCGCUCAGAGGACAAAGCUAAAGCUGCAAUCGAGCGAAUGCAGACAGAACAUCGAGCUGAAAUGCAGCAGAGAAGUCAUGGGCAGGCGUCAUCUCCAUCCACCAGUGAAGAAGUUGAGAUCAAGCCACUGAAUGUGGAGUACAUCAAAGUGGAUCUCGCCUCGUUGCAAUCCACCAUGGACUUCAUUCAGGAGACCAAGGAGAGGAUGCAGUACCUUAAUAUCUUGGUCUGCAAUGCUGGCAUUGCCUUUGCCAAACAAGAAUACACAGAGGAUAAAUACGAGUCGCAAUUCCAAGUCAACUACCUGUCACAUCUCCUCAUUGUGCUGCAUCUCAUGCCGCUGCUGCAGGCUGGUUCCCCCGACUCCCGCAUUGUUCUCCUGUCAUCAGAGGGGCAUAGUAGUGGGAAACUAGACCUGGACAACAUGCAGGGCCGAAAAUCCUUCAGUCGGUAUACAGCCUACGCCUCAUCCAAGGCUUACAUGGUCAUGGCAGCACACUUUCUCGCUCGGAGACUGGAAGGGACUGGAGUGAGCACUUUCUCUACUGAUCCUGGAUUUGUGGACACGAAUAUUAUGAAUAACUUCAGUGAUUGGAAACUGAUGAGCUUUUACGUUGGAGCUUAUAAAAAAUUUGGUAUGAUACGUACUCCGAAACAGGGGGCUGCUACAAGUGUCGUGGCCUGUGUCGAUCCAAGCCUUCGUGGGAAAACUGCAGUGUACCUGAAGAAUUGUCGACCUGCUAACCCUGCAAGCUUCUGUUGGGAUGGCAAAAAACAGGAGGACCUUUGGAGUUACAGUCUUGGAUGUCUCAAUCAGUUCAUCUCUGAUGAUGUGCUCAAAGAAGCCUUCCCAUCAGCAAGGACAGAUCUGCUGAUCAUUCCCAAGGACACAAGGACAGUCGAAGAGAAGAUUGUAGAUGAUCCAGGGAAGAGAGACGGGAGAUCAGAUGACAAACAGAUGGGAGACCAAUCCAAAGCAGGAAAGGCAUCUUUAGAGAGAAAGCAGGAUGAGGAGCAACCAGAGAUAGAGUCUUCCCCUGGAGCUGCAGAAGAGGCCUCUGAGAAGCCGAAGGCACCACAAGAUUCAAGUGCAGCCAGUGCAGAAGAAAAGAUGCCUGAAGUUGCACCCAGAGAUGACGAAAAGGAAUGCGAGACAUCCUACGACAAGAAGCAGAUAGAAGAGCACCCAGAGAAAGAAUCAUCAUUUGCAGAAGUACCCACCAAAGAAGUAAAGACAGAAGAAACAAGCAGGCAGGAAUCAGAAGAAAGUAUGUUAAAGGACAGUCCACCUGAGCAAAUUGAGGAAGAACCAUCCAAAGAGUCUUCUGCUGGGACACCUGAAACUGGCCAGACAUCUGAAGAUCCAAAGGCAGAUGCAGAGGUACCUAGUGAAAGUUUAAAAACAUCAAAAGAACCACAAGCAAAGGAGAUAGACGAUGCUUCUAAAGAGGGAACAGCUGGUGCAGCAUCCGCAGAAAUUAAGCAGAUGGAAGGGCAACCCGAGAGGGAACCUUCAGCAGAGGCAGCUCCUGAAAUCGAACAGACAGCUGAAUCACCAAAGGCAGAUGCGGAGGUACCUACUGAAGGUCUCCAGACAUCAAGAGAACCAAGUGGUCAGAAAUCAGAAGAAAGGGGCGUGACAGAUGAUGCAGCAAAUGAGGAAACAGCUGUUGCAGCAUCUUCGGAUAGUAAGCAGGUGGAAGAGCAACCUGACGAGGAAGCUUCAGCAGAGGCAGCUCCUGAAAUCGAACAGACAGCUGAAUCACCAAAGGCAGAUGCGGAGGUACCUACAGAAGGUCUCCAGACAUCAAGAGAACCAAGUGGUCAGAAAUCAGAAGAAAGGGGCGUGACAGAUGAUGCAGCAAAUGAGGAAACAGCUGUUGCAGCAUCUUCGGAUAGUAAGCAGGUGGAAGAGCAACCUGACGAGGAAGCUUCAGCAAGGGCAGGUUCUGAAAUUGACCAGACAUCUGAGGACCUAAAGGCAGAUGCGGAGGUACCUGCUGAAAGUCUCCAAACAUCAAAAGAACCUAGUGGUCGAAAAUCAGAAGAAAGGGGUGUGACAGAUGAUGCAGCAAAUGAGGAAACAGCUGUUGCGGCAUCUUUAACUGAGCAGGUGGAAGAGCAACCUGACGAGGAAGCUUCAGCAGAGGCAGCUCCUGAAAUCGAACAGACAGCUGAAUCACCAAAGGCAGAUGCGGAGGUACCUACAGAAGGUCUCCAGACAUCAAGAGAACCAAGUGGUCAGAAAUCAGAAGAAAGGGGCGUGACAGAUGAUGCAGCAAAUGAGGAAACAGCUGUUGCAGCAUCUUCGGAUAGUAAGCAGGUGGAAGAGCAACCUGACGAGGAAGCUUCAGCAAGGGCAGGUUUUGAAAUUGACCAGACAUCUGAGGACCUAAAGGCAGAUGCGAAGGUACCUGCUGAAAGUCUCCAAACAUCACAAGAACCUAGUGGUCGAAAAUCAGAAGAAAGGGGUGUGACAGAUGAUGCAGCAAAUGAGGAAACAGCUGUUGCGGCAUCUUUAACUGAGCAGGUGGAAGAGCAACCUGACGAGGAAGCUUCAGCAAGGGCAGGUUCUGAAAUUGACCAGACAUCUGAGGACCUAAAGGCAGCUGCGGAGGUACCUGCUGAAAGUCUCCAAACAUCAAGAGGACCCAGUGGUCGGAAAUCAGAAGAAAGGGGCGUGACAGAUGCGGCAGCAAAUGAGGCUACAGCUGUUGCGGCAUCUUCAGAUAAGCAGGUGGAAGAGCAACCUGACAAGGAAGCUUCAGCACGGGCAGGUUCUGAAAUUGACCAGACAUCCGAGGACCUAGAGCCAACUGAAAGUCUCGGGACAGCUAUAAAGAAGCCCAGAGGUCAGGAAUCAGAAGAAAGGGAUGUGAAGGAUGAUGCCUCUACAGCCUGUUCAGUAUCCUCAGAAAAUAAGCAGAUGGAAGACCAACCCAAGGGGGAACCGUUUGCUGAGGCAACCCCUGAAAUUGACGAGACAUCUGAACCAAAAGCAAAGAAUGAGGAUACAGCAGAUGAGGUGCUGGAGUUCAAAGAGGAUGCGUCACAGUUGGCAACCAAAGAAAAGCCACAGUUGGCUCCUGAAACAUCCACAGAUGGGGAAGAUUUAUCAGAUGGUCAAGUAGAGGAGAAACCUACCGAAGAUACUGCAGCAGCAGAAGAUUCAUCUGGGAUGCCCGAUGCUGACACGCCUACGGAGAAGCCAGAGGAAGGGUCUACGGAAGUUCCUGUGGGCACAUCAGAGAAGACUGUCCUUACUGAGGAAGACGUCUCAGUCAAAGUUGAAGAUGGAGAGGGGAAGCCAACAGAGGGGCAAGCCAGUCAGCAAUGAGAAAUUUGCAUCAGAUGCUCCUGAAGAUGUUGACAACAGCAAGACAGAGUACAAAUCGUAAAAUCAAUGGACCAAAUAACCAAAGAAUGACUUUGGUUACUUGAAUCAAAAGGAUUAUGUAAUAUACCAAAGUUAACCACUUGCACAAUUUCACAUGAUUUACUAUUAUCAUUUAUAAAAGGCUUAAGGGAAACCUACUCUAGGAGCAAAAGCUCCAAAUUUUUUGGCUGCCAUAGAAUU